GUUGUUGAUUAAAUAAAUUAAAUAAAUAUGAUGGUUGUGCUUGGUGAUUCAAAACCAAUUUUUUUACGUUUGGUUCUAAGUUUGUGUGAUGAAGGCGUAAGUCUCCUCUUUUGAUGAUGUCCAGUCGAUUAAAUUUUUUCGUUAUUAGAUUAUAACGCACUGCCUCUGGUAUAUGUAGUUUAUAUUUCAUAAUUACGAAUUUAUUUUAGAAAUCGAUUAACGGGAAACAAUUACAGAUAAAUCUUGGUGCGUUGUUUUGAACAGAAAAAAAGUUCAGGGCCCUUAUCGUCCAAAAUGAGCUCACCGCCCCCGUUGAGAAGCACUGAUUUAUACUGAUACAGAUUCUCUUGUUUAUGAAAUAAAAAACGGAAAAUUUUUUUAACGAUAUAAAAAACGAAUUUAUUUUCCAAAUUUCGAUACGUCAAAUUUUCCAAAAAAACCAUUAUUGUUAUAGUGAAGACCGAAAAAAUCAGCCAGGGUUCUUCAAGGAUGAAUUAAAAGGUCGUAUUCUAUUAGAUUUUAUUGCAUUACAACCUUAACUCUACGCGUAUAGAGUAGGUUAUCUAGAAAUUAAAAAAUCUAGGCGUUAAAAAAUAUGUUAUUGAUAAACAUUUGAAGAUUGAUGAAUACAUUAAUGUAUUAAAUGCAUACACUCAACAUAAAUCGGUCGAUAGUUUAAUAGCAUAUUGUGAUAUGAAUGAUAUUCAAUCAAAUAGACAUAAAGUUUAUUCUAAAACUACAGAUAAAUUAGUUCUAAAUGCAAACGACGAUAAAAGCCAUAAACGAAUGACGGUAUUAAUACUAUAGCUCACGGUCAUUAUAAAUUAAAAGAUAAAUAUUAAAAUGUGUGUUUUUUUAUAGAUAAUAGCUACAGUGGUGCACACUCAUUCUUAUCGACAUGCGUCGAACAUAUCAUAUGAAUACCGACCACACACACAUUACCCAUUGGCAUAACAAUUUGCUGUGGCCGUAAUAGAGAUAAUUAUAAUAUUAUAUUAUUAUAAUAUUACCAUCGGUCACGAAACGACAGCCGAUCGACGCGCACAUCAGCAGUUAUUCUCGUAUUUAUUUUUGUUUCAAUUACAUUGUAAUUGUAAUUAAAUUGUGGAUUACAUAAAUAUGAUAAUGAGUUAUCGACGCGUUAUCUGCGCCGCCGGUUCGCGUAGAGUUUUAACACGGCCGCCGCAAUUUUGUCUUUUACCGUACGUCCCAGUGUAAAGACCGUGUGCGCGUGCAAAUCAUUAUACCUUUAUUAUAUUUGUUUUUCUUUUAUGUUUUGUGACAAUUUUUAUUGUAAGGCUACAGGAGAACCAGUUGGCCAGUCCGCUCUCCACAAACUGUUAAAUUUUGUUAUCCACCUGUUAAUCGUACAACAGAUAUGUCUCAUAAACCCGUUGCCGUUGUUGCAUCAACAAACCUUGUUAAAUGUUGACAUUCGUUUGAUGGAUGUAAAUGAAUUGUAUGAUCCGAAAAAUCAUUGUUCGUGCCUCAAGGCUCGUCCAGACGGAGCAGUUUUUGCCGCGCGAUUUGAGUGUGAAUACAUGAACACAUUUUCGGUGGCUUUUUUUGAUGCCGCGCGACAUGAGCGGCCUAGUAGGCGGUCUACAUCAAAGGAAAGCCACGCGGCUUGUGCCGCUCGCCUAUGCCGCGCGUGUGAGGACGUAUUUUCGGCAAAGCCGCACGGCAUCAGUACUUAUUUAAAUAAUUUUUUAAGUAAUUAGUAACAGAACAAACUUUUUUCGCUGAGGUAAAACUGAUUUUCGUAUAUCCAGAAGACACAAUUUUUAUUCUAUCAAAAUGUCUAUACUGAAUAUUCUGUUUUUAAAAAUGCAAAGAUCAAUAAUGAUUUUUCAAAAAUCUUUAAUUUCAUGUUUUUUAAGAUUCAAAAAUAUAGAUUACUUGCUGAUCUCGUGCACUUCGUUGCCCGUUAAAAAUGACACAACUCUAUAGUAUUAUGGAUAAUAUACUAUUAUUAUUAAUAUUAUUAUUAUUAUUAUUAUAGCUAACAAAUCGGGAAAUAAAUGCCGCACCGUGUGGACAAGUAUUUGCUGCGCGGCACGGGGCCAACGGAGGCCGCGCGGCUAUGCUGCACGACAAAAGCUGCUCCAUCUGGACCCGCCUUUAGAUGAGCAAAGAUUUCAUGGCGAAUCAAUUGUAAGCGAUUAAUAUGUGUUUUGGUCCGCGGUCUCUACUAUGUUGAUACUGCACUGAUUCAUCAUCGUCUUGGACUGUCGUGGUGUUGAAUUUUCGAUUUUUUUUAUAUUCGUAUGUAUAUAUAUAUAUAUAUAUAUUUAUAUUGCAACAUGAAUAUACGU